AUGCUGCGACGCGCGUGCACGGCAUCGGCGCGCCUCGCCGCCUCCGCCCACGCCCGGGGAUCGACGAAACACGGCGCCGCCGUCACCGCGUGGGCGUUCGCGCGCCGUGCUGGGCGACUGCUGGCGCUCCCUGGCGUGUGCAUCGCGGCGGCGGCGGUGGCGGUCGAGCUGCAGGAUGACGCGGGCGCGAUGACGAGCGAGGCGCUCGUGCGCAACGCGGUCGCCGUGAACGUCGACGCCGUCUCGGCCGUGCUCUCGCAGACGACGAUCGCGCUCGUGCAGGCGCACAAGUCGUACGCGCAGACCGUGUUCGGGCUCGUCGGGCUCAUGCACGAGCACUUUGCCGUGCUCGCCUACUCGGGCGUAGAGAGCGCCCUCUGGCAGGACAUGAUCAUCAUGCGGACGGACGCGCACGAGCGCAAGGCGCGCGUCACGCAGCUCGAGGUGCUCAUGGACUCGGUGACGCGGCUCGUGCAGGCCGCGAUCGACGUCGCACACUCCGCCGGCGCCGACCUGUCGGCCGUCAUGGCUGCCGAGCGGCUGCUGUCGGCGCAGCAGCUCGUGCGCGACGCCAAGUCGGCGAGCCAAGACGCCGAGGUGCAGCUGACGCACACGCACGCGCUCAGCAUCGAGGCGGAGUCGCGGCACGAGGAGCGGCGGAGGAACGCGCGGAGUCGCAAUCGCCGUGGCGACGGCGCCGACGCGAGGACGGCCAGCAGCGACGACGACCAGUGAGACGCGCGCUUGUUUUUGCGUGUGCGCGCGCGGCGUCUUCGUCUGCAAUCGGAGGCGGGACGAACCCGCGAGACGCGCGCUUGUUUUGCGAGUGCGCGCGUGGCAUCUCUUCGUCUGCGAUCGGGGGCUGGACAACUCGUGAGAUGCGCGCUUGUUUUUGCGUGUGCGCGCGCGGCGUCUUCGUCUGCAAUCGGAGGCGGGACGAACCCGCGAGACGCGCGCUUGUUUUGCGAGUGCGCGCGUGGCAUCUCUUCGUCUGCGAUCGGGGGCUGGACAACUCGUGAGAUGCGCGCUUGUUUUUGCGUGUGCGCGCGCGGCGUCUUCGUCUGCAAUCGGAGGCGGGACGAACCCGCGAGACGCGCGCUUGUUUUGCGAGCGUGCACCUGCACCUUCGCUUAUGCGAUCGAGGAUGUGGCGCUCGCCCCUGUUCCCCGAGACGCGCUUGUUUUCCCAUCCAGGAUCGAAAUUUAGGGGUGUCGUAGGUUUGUGUGGUAGUUCGGUGGAGUUUUGUGAAUGAGCUUCAAUGCUUAGGUUGAGGAAGUGGUGGGGUAGCAGUUUGUCGUAUCUCAUUCGAAUUUGCAUACGUAGAUCCUAGAUUUUAUCGGCGGAUACUUUUUAGUGUCAAUAUUAUUUGAGACUAGACUUACAUCCGUCACGGCAUGUCCAUGCACUCGUUAGUGACUCGUAUGUGUAUGUCACCUUAUUUCUCAUUUAUUCUUUGUGCAGGCGAUUGCUCUGGGUAUCCCGGUUUACAUAGGAAUAACGGUCCAUCAUUCUUUGAGAUUAGUUUUUUAGUUGUGUGAUUCAUACCAACUGCAAACUUUGACUUUUUUAAGAUUUAAAUAUUGCAGCGAGGAAAUGACAAAAUUACUGUGCCGUAAUUCAAAUGAUUUUCGAUUAUUAAAGGUAAAGCAGCGUAAAGCGGAAAUUUUUGCAUAUCUUAAUGAGGUGUCCAACCAGAUGACUAUGUAUCUGCUACAUUUCACCAAUAAAUAUUAAACUAUUACAAAAA